AUGGAAGCUAUUGCUGUUGAAAAUGCGAAGAGAGAAGAUAUUGCUGUGCAAUGCGACCUCUUAGUUGAGACGAAUGGCCAAUGUGUUCAUGAGUUUGAUAUAAAGGAUUUGUCGCUUAGGCGAGGACUUGUGCGCCGAUGUUAUGGAAUUUUAAUUAUUCAAAUUGGAUGCGUCAUACCCAGCGUGGAAUUUCUGCUGGCAUUCCAAUUUCCCCAUGAAAAAAUUGUGGAAGCUGGAACCUUGAUGUUUAACCUAGCUGCCUACACGAUUCUUUAUAUAUUCAGGGACUGGCGUCGAGUUGCACCUUAUAACUAUCUCGUACUGCUGCUUACAACGGCUACGAGUGUUUUAUUCAGAAGCGUUCAUAUCGUGCAACUAUCAAGAAGCCGUUGGGUGUACAUCUAUCCACUAGCUUUAAUUCUGGAACUAUUUGUGCUUGCAUUAUACACCAAACAGCAGCGAUUAAAGAUCACCAAUAGUUGUGGGUUGGCCCUGAUUAGUGGCACAUUCGGACUUCUAUUGCUGGGGGCAUAUGUUUUCAAUAUGUUCUUUGAGCUGCUCACAGGCAUAGGUUGCGUUUUUGAGGCUUGGUAUAUAAUCCACGAUACGCAUCUUAUGCUGACCAGCCAUCAUGGCUAUAAUAUUCAGGCACACGAGUAUAUUUUUGCCGCUUGUAAUAUUCAUGCUGAUCUAGCGAAAUUUGUUUGGCUUUUGUUUAAGGAAACUAUUUUGAUUUCGCAGGAUACCAGCAUACAAUGUGAUCUCUUGAGUGACGGGCAGCGUCCCUAUUUGCCAGGAUUUGACAUAACUAAUGCCUCAACUAGACGCAAACUUGUGCGUCGAUGCUAUGCGCUACUGAUUGUGAGUAAUCUAAUUUUUAACGAGUGA